AUGUCGAGAGGUGAGAAGGAGAAGGGCGAGGCGGAGACCAGGAGUCUUAAUUCCACUGUUGCAAGUCAGCAAGAGGAGAUCGACGGACUGAGAGCCGAGAAAGAAGAGCUUGAAAGACUCAGUAGGAUGACUGACGAUGACCUUAAGAGAUCUUUGAGAGAAAAGGUCCUUGACUUACAGAACAAGCUACAAAGAGCAAGUUUGGGCCUCGAAGGCAGAGGCGAGAGAGCAACUGGAUCUGGCCCAACUUCAGGGAUAUUCACAGACCAGAUAAAUAGAACUUGGAACGCCCGCAGAGGCGGGAAGGGUGUCCAUGGCCCUGAUACUCCAAGAUUCCAAAGCCGGUUUGCAGGAAUGGAUGGUCCUCGCGACCAAUUUUCCCGACUUGAAAGCUCUUGGGUCACAGGUGGCCCAAGCCAGACAUCAAGGCCACAUAUACAGAGCUUUGUGGACGGAAAAGACAUAACUUACACUACCAAUUCAACACAUCGCCCUCCUGUCCCGGCGGCUCCGCCAUUCAUAGGCGAAAACCGUUCAUUACCGCCACUUAGGCAGCAAAGUGUCGAGAUGGGUGGAGGUGAUUUCAUCAACAACAUAUCCAAAUCUGGAAGUGAAGGGAUUACAAGGAAGACACGACCACCGUCUGCUGUCUUCUCCCCAACGCAUGGGAGCUGCCCUGUCUCAAGCUAUUCCGUACCCUCGGCAACAGAUGCAGAUGCUGGCCCAGUCCUCGACGAGAAUUCAGAGUACUGGAGAUCGGGACACAAAGAAUGUGAGUUGGUAUGGGCCGAGAUCCAGGGUCUCCAAGAAGGACUUCGUGCCCACGGCGUUGAUGUGACGAAGAACAAAUGGCUAGGCGAGACCAUAGAGUACAUGGAUGCUGCGAGAGUGGAUGGUCUGACACGAAGCAAGGGCUCGAGUUCGUCGCUUGUUGAGACAUAG